UCGCCGCACAGACCCACAGUAUCGCCGAUUAGUAUGUAUUGUGCGGUAUCGGGAUGUAUUCCGCCGCGUCUAUUACCGACUUCGACAGCAACGACGACGAUUAUCCGAACUAUGACGGCGGUAUCAGUGACAGUCGCAGCAGCAACAACAGCCGCAACAGUAGCAACGACAAUGUGUCCGCGUCCGCGCUCAAGUCGUGUCCCGAAUUCGGCGAAUUCGUCGACAACUAUGGUUGGAUUCAGUGUCGAUCUAAGACCUAUCCCGACCGCGUGUACUAUCACAAUACGCGAAGCGGAUGCAACACGUGGUGCAGACCUGUCUCGCGCUGCAUCGACAUUCCAUCCGUCACCGUCAGAAGGGCAAAUUGCACGGGCGAUAUCUUGGAAUCGGCGACCGAUUUGGAACUGAUGUCGGUGUCGGACGACGAAAAGGGUUCGAAACCUUCGGGACAAGUUUCCGCAAGCGAUCAUAGCGAUCAUAACAGAUCGUUGAUCGAUGUCUCGGAUAUUAUAGCGCGAUAUUACUACACUCCCCAGAUGAAUCCUAUUCCCAGCAACCCCAGCACGGAUGACUCGCGCACCUCGUCCGACGAGUACGCGAGCGAAUGUUACGAGAAAAAGGACCGAGCGGACGAGAGCGACGAGAGCGACGAGAACAACAAUGUAGGCGAUUCAAAAGAGGUCCGCUCGCCGUUGUACGCCGCAAACUUCCUCGAGACCGAAUUUUUCGUGGGGAAAGGCGUGGUGAACACCGAGGGGACCAGCCGGAUAUUUAACUCUUUGUUGAAAGAAAACGCCUCCAACGUGCCUCCUUUCCGAGCGAAUCGCGUCGUGUACGGGAUGCCGCGCUUGAAGAGGAUCAGCCUCGAGUGCCAAUUGAUCAAGCCGAGGAGAACGCGCGUCCCCAAGACUCGGGAAGAGCCGGGACCCCGGAAGAUCAUUAGCGAUAUGUACGGGGUGCGGACCAUCAGCUACGAUCUGCCUGAACCGGCUCAGGCGUGCGCGGCGAUGGGAGUGAAGACGACGACGUUGAGCGCGAGCGACGACAGCGACGAGAGCGUGCCACCCUCGCCAUCGUCAAAAAGGAUGCGAUCGUUCGAGUCCGAAUACCGCGACAUAGCGAAGAACUUGCGCCAACCGUUACUGAGCGAAUCGAGUUCCAGUCCGUCGUCACGGUCCGAUACGACCAGCUCUAGCACAAGCCGGAGCACCAACACCAGCACCAGCUCCAGCACCAGCUCCAGCUCGUGCUCGUGCUCGUGCUCCUCGUGCAGCAGAGAAACCUGACGUCCGAACGGAAUGUUCAAAUUCUAUUAUCUAUUAUUUUUAUACGUAGACA